ACUGCACUGCUUACUCUAUGGUUAACAACUUGAAGUUAGUUUUCACUUUUUGUAAAACGUAGUUUUCUCAUUCAGUAAGUGUCCAGUAAUCUGUGUUUGCAACGAGUGAUUUCGGUUCUUAUAAAAAUACUAUUGACAAUGGGCGUUUAAAUAAAAUUGUAAUCUUUUUCCCUAUGAGAGCUGUUUUUUAAAAGUAUUAAUAUUAUAAUACACGGAAUAAUAUAGUAUAGUAUCGUCAGAAAAUACGACAUAUCUGAAGAUGUCUGCAGAAUGGGGCAGCUUGCCUCUCCUCUCACUGAGAUGCGUAUUAGAUCAUUUGAGUACAGAGGAUGCGCUCGCUGCAUUGUCCACUUGCCGUCACUGGCGUAGUGCCAUUUUACUAUAUGAGGGUAAGAAAGAAUUACUCAAGUUAAAUGUGAAAACCCUCGAGAGGAAUCUCUUUGUCACACGGCUGUUCAAGAAGUACACAAGGAAACUUCACAUUAUCAUUGAUAGUGACAACAAAGAUUUGGAGAACUUUAUGAAUUUUGUCCUGCCGCAAUUCUUUGAUACGCAGAAUUUGCAAGAAUUAGUAUUUAUUGGACCCGUUUACCUUCAACAGAAGAACAUCAUAUCAGCGUCCAAAAUAAAUCGAAUCAUCACUGAGAGUUUAAUGUUUAAGAAUUCUCACUGUUUACAAAGAUUCAGUUUACUGGGUUCUAUCAUGGCACCGGUGAAGAAUGAAAACGACAGAUACACGCAUAAAUAUGUGGAGUAUUAUUCGAGACCGCUUACAUUCAGCACUGUUUCACCGUUCGAUACAGUAUUUUCGCGUUGCAACGCUGGUUUGAUGGCAUUCUCUUCGUUACGACAACUAAUCUUCGACUUUGACCUGAUGAGUACGCCAACGCUGCAGACUCUCAGUCAGAUGGGUCAAAUAACAGACCUCACGCUGAAUAUUGGACAAAAACGGCCCGUCAACCUGCCCCUCGUGGAUUGGAACUACGCGAACCGAAACCUUCGAGUGACUUUGAUUGUUAUAACAGUCCCACACUGCAUGAUGAACAUGGUGAUUGAGGAAGUUUUCAUCGAGGGUUUACCAUUGUUCUCAUUGAAGGUUCUAUUCUGUGAAACGUUACACGUGGGUAUUCUCCAACGCGUUGUGCUCAUGUACAAGGAGACGAUACGCGAAUUCGUUUGGAUCGACUCCCCGGGUAACACUGUUGACGUUUGCGGCAGGAUUAUCAAACAUCACCGGGAACCCACUGAGUUUACCAUGUCUAACGUGAAUCCGAUUAUAUUACUAUGCUGGCAGUGCACUCAAUUAAAAAGACUUGUCAUACAUGGUUACUGGGUAUGGCAAUACGAUCUCCUAGGCAUAGUUCGCCUGCGUAGGUCUCUACAGGAUCUGGAAAUAUCUGCCAUAUACGAUAGACAGAGUCGCUUCACCACGGCCACACGCAGCGAUCACAUGGUUCGAGUGCUGGCCACCGAUAACCAGAAGAUCCUUGAUCCUGAAUAUAUACAACAAGUGAACUCGUACACGGAGUUCGAGUGGACGCCCGCGCUGUGGGAGCGCCUCCACCCCGCGCUGCGGCCGCGCGCCACCCUCGCGCAGCGCAUCGACUACGUGCUGCGCGAGAGCCUGCGCCCCGCCGUGCGCACGUUUUAGGGUGGACUUCGGAAAUUAUCUCAGAGUGAAGAUGCAGCUUAUCAACGGUUACCAGCGACGGACUGUAGGAAGAUCUUUAAUAUAAAAAAAAAGUAUUCACUCAGGUCAGUGAGACUCACUGGAAAUAUUUCAAAGUCAAAGUCAAAAAAAUUGGUGUCAUUUCGAAAGGCCACGAAGCCUGAUCUUGAAGCGAUGUUCGUCGCAAAUGUUUACAACUUGUAAUUUUAGGUAUCUUUUUGAUAUUCAUGUAUUAAAAGCAUUGCAUGAUGAAGAGGAGCUGAUUUACGACGAUCUAUACAGCUGCAGAUGCUGGUCGAAGGAAGGAGGUGUUGUUUUGUACCGAACUCGGAAAACUAAAAGUUUUUUAUAUAUAAAAUUUUAUUUAUAACCAGUUUUUUCUCGUACCGACCAGUAUUGCAGUAUGCAAUUUUAAAACAUAAAUAUUAAAAAGAUAUUCUUGAUUGAAUAACAUUCAAUUCAAUCAAAAAUUGGUUUCGGGUUCUCAAAUCUAAAUUCAUUGUUGGGUAUAAUAUUUAGGUAUAAGAAUUAUAUCGUUAGAAAUAUGUCGAUUACGUCUGUGUAUCGUUUUUAGAUAAUUUCUCCUAAAAUAUUGUUUUAAGGUAUGCAAUUGCAAUAUCUAAAAAAAAAAAAUCGAUAUCUUUAGGCCUAAACGACUUCUUCUCGAAUAUUCAUGUAUGUAUUUUUUUUAAAUUGCAUUUUCUCAUAACUAUUAGUGAAAUAUUUAAUUUGCAAAAGUUCCUUUAUCUAGAAUUUACUGGAGACCUAAUAAAGUUUAAUAAAUAGUUCACGUUAAUUAAACAUGCACUUAGUGAAGACGCGAAACCUUCAUAGAUGUUUUACGCUUGUAAAUAGCUUAAGUUUUCUAAA